AGAAGGGAAAUCGUUAAUUAUUUCAUUCUCUAUUCUGAAACUUCGCAAACAGAUCGCAGAGUCUAUCUAUAACACGAAAUUAAUCUAAUCUUUGUGACUGGGUCUGCUUUCUUUUGCAUUUGGGUCCUCUCACCCGCACCCGUCUCCAUCCUUCAUCAUCGUCGUAUCCUUUCUUUAUCUCAAAUCCCUUAAUCAAAGGUGUUCGUGAAAUAGAAGAUGGGGGCGUUUAUAUCGAAGUUUUGGUUCAUGUUGUUUCCUGCAAAGGAGUACAAGAUUGUCGUGGUUGGGUUAGAUAAUGCAGGCAAGACUACCACGCUUUACAAGUUGCACUUAGGGGAGGUUGUCACUACUCACCCAACUGUUGGCAGUAAUGUUGAGGAGCUUGUUUACAAGAACAUUCGAUUUGAGGUUUGGGAUCUUGGGGGACAAGAUAGACUCAGGACAUCAUGGGCAACAUAUUAUCGGGGAACUCAUGCUGUCAUUGUGGUGAUAGACAGCACAGAUAGAGCUAGAAUCUCUAUUAUGAAGGAUGAACUUUUCAGAUUGCUUGGACAUGAGGACCUACAACAUUCUGUUAUACUUGUCUUUGCAAAUAAACAAGACCUCAAGGAUGCCAUGACCCCAGCUGAAAUUACUGAUGCUCUUUCUCUUCACAGUAUAAAGAAUCAUGAUUGGCACAUCCAAGCCUGCUGUGCACUUACAGGUGAAGGUCUGUAUGAUGGCCUAGGGUGGAUUGCCCAGCGAGUUACUGGCAAGGCACCAAGUUGAAGAGAAAACGGAGUAAAGGGAAAAGAAGAGAAGGUUUAUUUUUCAAAUAUUGAUGGGCUUGAAAGAUGAUUUAAACAGAAGUAUCAUUGUGUACUAUCUAACUAUACUCGUUAACAUUGCUGUAGAUUGUACCGUACAUUUGAAUUUGCGAUGUGUUGCACAAUGAAGCAUUUCAUUAUAAAUUUGAAAAUGAAGAAAAUAUUGCUAUAAAA